GAUAUAAAGAGGAUGCAGCAAUGCAACAGCCACACAGAUUAGAAAAAGCUGAAGUGCUCCCCAGUUCCCAGGACACAACAAAAGUAAGAAAAGACAACAAGAAAGAGGAAGGUCAAAAAAGAGCGUGCUGACUUGUCAGGGUGUUGUUCCCAAAGAUUGCUUCAGAAGAGUGAAAAAUGCUGGAUAGGCCUAUUCUCCUCUUGUAUUUUGUCAUGUGUACUCUCUCCUCUCCUCUCUACCCAGCACUCCGGUACAGUCCAUUACCCAUUUCUGGGAAGGCAGUAAGUUUUCAGCUACAAGAAAGUGGUCCGGUGCAGAGCCACAAUCUCUCGGUGGAAGAGCAAGAAGAGGAGAAGUUCCUGACUAGCCCUCCUGAGAAAAGAAUGCAACGUCAUGCAGAUGCCAUAUUCACCGAUAGUUACCGUAAAGUCCGAGGCAAGCUGUCUGCCCAGAAGUUAUUGCAGGGUAUUGUUGGGAAAAGACUUGGAGAAGGCAGCCUAGGAGAUGAAGACCAUGAAUUCUUGACCCGGCGCCAUUCAGACAGCAUUCUUAUGGACAGUCACUAUCACCAGCAGAUGGUAUUGAGAAACUUCUUGGGAGCCAUGUUACAGAAUAAGAGGUCUCAAGAUUGCAACCAUAACCAUCUAGAGAACUUCGUUAGUACUCUGACAAAGCUCAUGGAACUGUAAAUCAGCUUAUUCCCAUCUCAAUCUGGUCAAUGGCAUUCCCAAGUUUGAAGCUUAAGAAUUCAAAUUCCUGAAGCAGUUAUAAGAAAACAAACAUUGGCUGCCCUGUGAGUGUUGACACUGUCAGGAAUGUCAUUUUCUACCACACUUACAACUGCCAGAGAGAGGGGGAAAACAAGCAAGAGGGAAAUGUAUGUUCCCUACAUUUAUUACAUAUAUAGAUUGGUGAAUGUGUUGUCUGUGUCUGGUUUGAAAAUAAAAUAUUUAUCUAUUCAGCAAA